GACCGCAUAAACGCAGGACCCAAACUUUAGCUAGCUGUAGCACAACAGCUAAGUAAAGCUAUCAGUAUUCAAAAUAAAAGCUGUCGGAAACACGUUACGUUGUGUAUCACCGAUUUCGACGGUGGUAUGGAGCUGUAGGCAGAGUUUAUAAACAGAGUGGUGAGGAAUGGUCUGACUGCAGCAGUAAAGAUGCACAGCCGUCUGCAGGAGUUGAAGAAGGAAGAGGAGACUCUCCUCAAAAUCAAAGUCAUGCUACAAGACCAGCUGAACAGGUUGAAGUUUGAAGAAGGGGCCUUGAAAUCUAUCAUUAGUGCUCAAACAGAAGAAGGAGCCUCUGAACGCUCAUCCCCAGAAACUGAGGUUCAUAUUAACCUAGAUGAUGAGAGCGAGAUCAAUCGAACCAAACUGCUACUGAACGCUGCUGUAGAUUAUGAUAUGGAGGAAGAGGAAGAUGAGGAUGAAGAUGAAGAGGAUGGUGACGAAGAAGACAAUGAGCUUGAGUUUGUGCCUGAGGAGGAUGAGGAGGACGAUUACUGAGACUCUCAGUGUUUCAUGGGGCAAUAUGUGCACCACUGAAGAAGAACCACAUGUAAACGGACAUCUGUUUAUUUGUUCACCUGUUUUGUACUAUCACUUAGGACGUUUAAGUUAUUUGGAUGGAGUUCUAGUUACAGUGUACUGAUGUGUGGUGCUAACAGUUUUCAAAUAAUUUCAGAAUUCAUGUGUCAAAUUUUGUGGGAAAUGUCUCACUGAAAUGCGGUAAGACAGUGUUAUUAGGUACUUAUAGCUUACUAGACAUAUUGUGCAUUUUGAGGAUUAGCAUUAAAAUGUAUGGCUGGGCCAUAUAAAAAGAUGGUGUGUAUGCAUUAUGUAAGAAAGUAUGAUCGUAAGCACAAAAUAAAAUGUUUUGCGUAGGGUU